UCUUCUCUCAUGAUUCGAAAUGUCACCAAGAGAACGCUGCUAGGGUUGGCCGUCAUGGCUUUGGUCGUGGUCCUCUUCGUAGCUUCGGGUGCGAUAAUUCAGCUUAUCUUCACAAGUGGUGGUUAUGACAAACCCGUGGCCCUCACGGUCUACUCCCUCACCCUCUCUGUAUUGUUGUUGGCAUUCCGCCAAUACAUCCACAUACCGGGACAGGGCCCAACCGAAGAGGAGGAGGCUUUACUCGAUGAGUCUGAUCAUGCGGGAGGGCGAUCAGCGUGGCCGAAAGGGACGCUGGUGUGGGCGUUGGGUGCGAUGUGGUUCGCGUCACAGUUGACCUACAACAUCUCGCUGAAGUACACUUCGGUGGCUACCAACAGCUCCCUUUCCAGUUGCUCUAGUGUAUUCACGUUCAUCUUCUCCAUAGUCCUCUUGGGAUAUCCUCUCUGUAGAGCCGUGCCCAUCCUUGCAGUGCUCCUCUGCGUAUUCGGAGUCCUCAUAACAGCACUCAAUCAACCGUCACCCAAAGCCGACUUUGCGGUCCGAGAGAGCAUCCUUGGCGACUCUCUAGCGCUGGCAUCAGCCUGUUGUUACGGCCUCUUCUCGUGCUUCAUUAAACUCUGGGUACCUGAUGAGCGCAUGGUGGCGUACGUCUUCGGCAUGUUCGGUGUUGUUGCCUUUGUUAUGGGAAUCCCUUUGCUAGCCCUGUGCCAAAUGACAGGACUUGAGACUUUGGCCUUACCGACCUGGGGUCAAUUCGGUGCUAUGACGGCCAAUGCUGUGCUCGGCAGUGUCGCAUCGGACUAUCUACUCACAGUUGCUGUGAUUUUACUUUCGCCACUAUCAGCAGCUGUCGGCCUAUCAUUGACAAUACCUUUAUCCUUGGUUGUUGAUAGUACAAUCCUUGCUCUUCACAGUUUCAAAAGUGUUUAUAUGCUCGGCUCAGCACUCGUGUUUGCAGCUGUUGUGCUCAUUAGUUGGGACACUUACAAUAUCGACGUGGAAAAGGAAGCCGAAGUGAUCAGUCCACAAGCUGAAGUGCAGGGCAGGUCGUUGGUGCAUCAUGGGAAGAAUAACUGAAGGAGUGAAGAUACCAACGAGUGAUUGAUGUGUCCCUCAAAUGU